AUGCUUAGUGGUUCAAAUACAUCUGCGGAAGAGAACCAUUGUAAAGAAUGCCAGAAGGCAAAAGAUGAAGAAAGUGUCGAAUUCAAUAACAAUAUGCAAGCCGUUUUGAGAAUCAAGAGCGAAUUUGCGCCAUUAAGGCGCAACAUAAUUGAUGCAAUGAUCUUAUGUCUCUGGGAUGAUGCAAAGCGAAGAGAACAGUGUGAAUUGCAAUUUAAUAACCAACUCAACAAAGCCAUUGGCUUGCUUGAGAAGAUUCAGAUGGACAUUUCCCAUCUGCAACCGCCACUGCCUUACCAGGAAGCAGAGUGGAGAACUCAGCAUCAUAGGCCAGACAAACCAAAAAAUAGCCCCUCCGAAUCUGGCACAGUCGUCUUCACAGUGGUAGAAGAGGGAGUGGUCAAGCUGGGCCAAGCAAUACAACCACUUAUUCAACCCGGGACAAGAUUGCUAUCUUUAAACCAGUUGGCGGAAGACAUAAUCCAACAUGUCAAAGCCGGGACUGGGUCAAUGGCCACAAUCCGCCAAGAACUUCUCAAUCAUCUGUGGAAAGAUGACUGGAAGCCGGCUGAAAAUAUGACUGACGACUGUUCAGCACAUAUCGACCCUAUCAUGGUCGCACAAGCUAUUGCCGCCGAUAUUCAGUUCAAUGACAUAAAGUCUCGUGAAAAGGCCAUCCCGAAGAGCUUUGAGACGACAUAUUCAUGGAUAUUUCAGAAAGAACCCCCGAUAAAGGAUAGCAUGCCCUUAUGGAGCAGUUUUCCCAAGUGGCUGGAAGAUAAUUCAAACAAAGUCUAUUGGAUCACAGGCAAACCAGGUUCCGGCAAAUCAACUAUGAUGAAACUAAUAAUGCAAAACGAAACCCUAUGGGACAAUCUAUCCCAGUCGCUAGGAGCAUUGCGCCUUAUUCUCGUAAAAUACUAUGCAUGGAAUCCGGGCAAUAUGUUGCAAAAAUCCCUCCAAGGUCUUAAACGGACUGUCAUAUUCCAGGUGCUGAAGCAAUUCCCAGAAUUAGCGCCGGUAUUAUCACCAAGGCGUUGGGCGUUUUGUCAAGCCCUGAGAAACAUCUCUGGCCUUCCUAAGUGGACCGAUUGGGAGAUAGCGGAGUCAUUUGAGGCAUUGCUGUCUUCGUGUGGAAAGACUAUCCAGCUCGCUUUAUUUAUCGAUGGACUCGACGAAUUUAGUAUGCCACCCGCAGAAAUUGUCGAUUAUAUUAAGCAUAUACUGGCGCGAUGCUCUUGUGGACUCAAAUUGUGUGCCGCAAGCCGACCUUGGACUGAGUUUCAGGAUGAAUUCAACCAGUGUCCAAUGCUUCAAAUGCAUUUGCAAACCCAUAGCGAUAUGGAGAUAUUUAUCAACAGCAAAUUUAAUGAUAACAACGCGUUUGCUGAGCAAAAGCAGUUAUAUCCCGAAAGCGCUACUCAGUUGCUUACCGAUAUAGCAAAAAGGGCGAAUGGAGUCUUCCUAUGGCUUUCGAUUGUUGUGAAGCACCUACUGGGCUUAUUGUCUGAAGGGCAAUCAAUACCUCAAGCUCGAAAAGACUUGGAAGCUCUGCCUAGCGACAUCUUAUCUCUAUACGACGCUAUUUGGGGUAGUAUUAGACCCAAAAACCUCCCGGAUGCUGCUUAUAUGAUGCAAGUGCUAAGAGCUGCUGACGGUCCAUUCCCAUGGUUUAAAAUAUGGUUGAUUGAAGAAUCAAGAUUUGCCCCAAUGAAUAUUGACAGCUUUCCAAAAGAUAAGAACUCGAAAGAUGUUGCUUUGAGAUCAUUAAAAAGGAAACUUGCCGCUCGCACAAAAUGCAUAUUGGAACUUAGUGGAACUGGAAGUAGUGCUGUUGUUGAUUUCAUUUAUCGCUUAGCUCGGGAUUGGGCGGUGCAACCCGAAACGUGGCACCUAAUCUGUUCAUCAUAUAGUGAGGUUGUGACAAACCGGUGCCUAUAG